AAUUUUAAAUCUUAUAUAAUUUAUAUUAAAAAUAAAAUUAUAAUUUACAAUUCGCUCGUAGCGCCCAACAAUAACAAUCCCAAGUUCACCAACAAAAUAUCCAAAACAAAUUAUAGAGAAAAGUUCUGGACCAUUAAUUCUCGAAAAAUACCUACAAUGGCUGCGUCCUUGGCCUCUCUUUCCUCCUCCAUUAAAACCGGCGAACGAUCCCUGUUCAACCGCGGCAGCCACAGCCUUACUCCUUCGCCCCUCUUUCCUCUCGGCUUUGGUCAGACCGGAAAACAUAUCACUAGCUGCUUUCGGAGACGACGGUAUAUCAAAAACAUUUCUGCGCUUGAGACCUCUGACGGCACCGUUAACGUGGAGGUAGACGAUGGCAAAGAAGAAGAAGAAGCUUGCGAGCUAGUUAACAGAGCAGAAGUGUCAAUUGACGGCGUUGAAGCUCACCUGUUAACGGCGGUAAAGAAUAAUAAUGGAACUGGAUUGCUUCUACUCUCUGAUGUUUUCGGCUUCCAAGAUUCAUCAACAAGCGAUUUCGCUUAUCGUGUCGCUUGCAAUGGCUACAAUGUUCUUGUUCCGGACCUCUUCCGUGGAAAUCCAUGGUCAAACAACCGACAAGAGUCCGAAUACGAGGAAUGGAGAAGAGGACAAGAACCGGACCGGAUCAGAAAAAACAUAACCGCUUUAACCAAAUGGAUGGUUGAUGAAUUUGCAGCGGCAGGGGUUUCAAAGAAGCUAGGAGUGAUGGGUUUUUGUUUUGGCGGUGGACGCGUGGUGGACGUUUUAGCCGCCGAUCAAAGCGGUUACUUCAGCACCGGAGUCUCCUUCUAUGGUACAAGAAUAGACUCGGCAGUGGCCGGGGAAGUGAAAGUCCCGGUCUUGUUCAUUACCGGAGACAGAGACCCGCUUUGCCAAGUGGAGGGUUUUAAGAAAAUUGAGGAGAAGAUUGGUGAAGGGUCAAAGGUUGUGGUGUUUGAAGGGAGAGGUCACGGCUUUGUUCACCGGCCGGAGACGCCGGAUGAUGAUAAAGACGCCGAGGAAGCUUUUGCCAUUAUGAGGAAUUGGGAGUAUAUCGACAGAAAAGCUAAAUGUUCGUCUUAUAAAUGGAGAAAGCAUAGAUCUCAAGCUUCAACAGUAUUUGGAGGCUAUAAGUACGUGGACGGCCAUGCUCUAUUUGGUGAAAAUUCAAUUUCUGCUAUCGGGAUACAAAUUGUUGUGAAGAUCUUUAAGCUAGAAAAUGAAAAUCAAUAGCAUGCCAUUGACAGUUGUCCAAGAUUUCUCAAUACACUUGUAAUCUAGGAUUUUGAAUUGGAAAAAUAAUAAAAGCGUUUAAGAUAGAAAAAUAAGUAGAUAUAUAUAUAUAUAUAUAGAGAGAGAGAUUUAUUAAAUUAAUUUUAUGAAUAUUCAGUUAAGCAA